AUGCCUCUCGUCGUUCCUGGCAUCACCUCCAAUAACGGAGACAAGACUGAGGAGUGGACUAACAAGCUCGUCGGCAAGACUCUAUCCGAGGACUCGUCUAGCGAAACUAGCUUUGCGAAGCGCGAUCUUCCUCAAGAAACCCGCAUCAUUGAACCUGGCAUGAUGGUGACCAAGGAUUUCAAGCCAGAGCGUCUGAAUGUUCACUUGAAGGAGGAUGGCACUGUCUCUCACGUCCAACAUGGUUGA